AUGGAAAAAGCGGCCUUAAAGCUUUUGAAUUUUGUAGAAUCUUAUGCAACCCAUCCUACUCAUAUAGUUGGAAAAUUUAUUCAGUCCUCACUUCAAAAAGAUCAUUUUGUCAUUGUAUUUGAUGCACAACAAUUUCUUGAGAAAAUUUCUUGUUCUACAGAUGAUGGAAUGGAACUACUUUGUGCGUUGCUACGGAAGUACCAUCAAAUGCAUGAAGGAUUAGUGGGUGUGGCAUGUCGUGUUAACUUUAUUACUUAUGUGGUGCUCCAUACCUAUCACACAUUAGCGAAAGAGGCAGUUAUAUCUUCUAGCAGAAAUAUCGAGGGAAUAAGUCAACUCAUGUAUUUAUGUGAGAAUGAAGAUUUUUCUUUUUUAAAUGAAAAUAAGGAGAAUGAAAAUUCUGAUAUAAAUUGCUGCAGCAAUUUAAUGUUGAAUUUUAUUCAAGAAUUGCGUAAUAAAAAUCUUCUAGUAAAACCUUCUGAUAUAUUGGCAGAGACAGUUGUCUCUUCUGCAAGUGUAAAAAUAAUAAAUGAUGAGAGGAUAAAUAAUUCCUUUUUCUAUUCUUCAUGCAUAUUACAUGAGUACCUUAAAAAAACUUUUGGAUUUGAUCCACUUUCAUGUGGUUAUGAAGCAGGUAAAUUAGCAGUGGAUUGUUUUAUUUCUAUUUAUUCUCGUCUUAUGGAUGCUAUUACCGAUGAUAAUAUAUCAAUGGAACAAGAGAGGGUAACAUCUUUACACAAACUUGUAGAUCAACUUCUCUGUGUCGUUGUAGGGGAUGAAGAUUUUUGGUGGUCUACAGGGAGGAGUGAAGGAUAUCUUAUACCAGGUAUUUCUUUUAUAACAAAAUAUUGUUUGAAAAGGGGCAGUUCUUCAUUUUCGAGGAAUUCUGUGCUUACCCCUUUACAUACCUUUGAGUCUUUACUUCAGGAUAAGGGUUGUCAUGUCGAAAUGUUAUUAUUAUUCUCAGAGUUUACCACCGAAUUUGUAGGAUCAGAUGAUAACCCUGACCUUCAACGUUUGGCCUUCAUGGUAAAGAGUGUAAAAAAAGGUUUGGUGGUUAUCGUAAUAAAGGGUCACGUGGAAGAAGUAUUAUUACAAUACAUGGAGGGGUUGGGAGAUAAUACACGAACUGUAUUAAUUGCAGUUUCAGUUGGUCAAACGGUAAUGACAGAGUUAGCAAUGGCUUUCCAUGUUUUACCAAGAAGAUUAAAAUCACUUCACUUUGAUCCUGUUGUAGCCCAUUUGCGAAUAAAAACACUCUUUACAACUGUUUUUCACAAACAACAUAGUGAAAAUGAAUGUCGUUCACUUCUUUUGGUACUUGAACCGUUAAAAAACGACAAGAAAAAGAAUAUUAUACGAAUUGUACAAAAAACUCUUAGUGUUGUAUUUGGUGGUAAAUGUGCUGCUGACGUUAAACUUAUGGAACGACUUUUUCAUCGCCAACUACAUCAUUUAGUCAAUGUAUUUUGUUUACCAUCUCAUUUGAAUGUUCUCAUGCCAGCAGGCGGAAUGGCAGAAGCAUAUGCAGUAAGUUAUUUGAACUACAAAAUUCAAGAAAUGUCAAGUGAUAAUAUAUUUUCCUCAUGUAUUGUUUUUCGUCUCAUGAGAGCACUAAAGGACGCACUUGUUGCCUACAUGGAAAAUGUUUUAUUAAAAUCAAACUCUUUAACAAUUGAAGAAGCUGUAAUGCAGGUGACUUUUUCACAACGAAACUUUUCCACACUGAAUUGGGAAACAUGUAAUCCAUCUAUAUAUAGUAAUGAUCCUUCAGUUGGUGGGACAAGCACAAUAGGUCAGACACCUGGUUACACACUGUACAACCAUGCUAUUCUUACUCCACCUUUUCUUCAUUUUUCUAACACAUCACGCUCUAUGUGUUCUGGCCCAGUUUCGACAAUGUUGUUGGGAGAUGUAACGGAGUGGGAGGCACAAGUGGAGGUUGCUAGUGCUUAUCUUUGUAUUGGAAGAUGUUUAGACCGUCUUUGUUUUACAAGUGCUCUGGGCAAACGCAGCAUUAUACAUAAUGAAGAAGUGAGUCGGGGGGUUGAUGACUUGUUCUUCUUCACAGAUGUCGCAUAA